CGUAGUUCCGCGGAUGGACGGCCACAGCGCACCGUGCUUCUUCGCUUUCCUCUAGUUUCGCUACGGCCCGCUCCUCUUUCCAACUGACGGAAAAACGUAAACAGUUAAAAAGUAUUAUUUUCAUACAAACCUAGAAGAAAACAGGAAGAAACUGGCUGUUCUGUGCGCACCUUAUACUCGUUGCGCUGCCGUCGGUGGUGUUGGUGGUGGUAAUUCCAUGUUGAUUGAACCGUACGCGACGGCCGUCCGACCUCAUCCGCAGCUGGUAUCCGGCGCACUGUGUCCGGAUCCAGCAACCGUGUCAUCUACUGAUGCUCUGACUUUGUUCACUCCUUGGGCACCGUCUUCGCUUGUAGGAAUCAGCGGCGGCGGUGCUACUCCGGCAGCGGCCGGCAAUCCGUAUGCUGCCGCCGCAGUCCCGGCUGUGGUACCCCAGCAGCAACAACAAACCGCGCUGUUUCGUCCCGCUGCCACCUCGAUCCAUGCCCUGCGGGCCGCAUCCUUACUCCACCAGCAGGUACUGAUGAAGAUGGAGAUGACGACACAGACGCCCAUAGAAAUGAAAGUGAAUUGGGCAACAUCCCCUAGUAACACUCCAAAACAAGAUACAAGUAAACAUUACCAUAUUUUUGUGGGAGACCUUAGUCCUGAAAUUGAAACUGCACAACUACGAGAGGCCUUUGCACCUUUUGGGGAAAUAUCGGAUUGCCGAGUUGUACGGGAUCCUCAGACGCUCAAGUCGAAAGGCUAUGGGUUUGUUUCAUUUGUUAAAAAAGCGGAUGCUGAGAAUGCCAUAACUACAAUGAAUGGGCAAUGGUUAGGUAGUAGAGCUAUUCGAACAAAUUGGGCUACGAGGAAACCACCUGCCAAUAGAUCUCAGAAUGAAUCUUCUGCCAAACCCCUUGCAUUUGAUGAAGUUUAUAAUCAAUCAAGCCCUACAAAUUGUACUGUAUAUUGUGGUGGAAUAGCUCAAGGAUUAUCUGAUGAUUUAAUGCAGAAAACAUUUAGUGCAUUUGGAGCAAUACAAGAAAUUCGAGUAUUUAAAGAUAAGGGUUAUGCUUUUAUUAGGUUUGCCACAAAAGAAGCAGCAACUCAUGCCAUAGUAGCCACUCAUAAUACAGAAAUAAAUGGACAGACAGUCAAAUGUUCUUGGGGAAAAGAAGCUGGGGAUCCAAAUAACCAGCAACAGCAGCAGGUAGACAAUCAUGAUGCUUUCCAGAAUAUAGCAGCACAAUAUACUUACCCUUACCAACAAAUGGGUUACUGGUAUCCCCAAGGCUAUCCUCAAAUGCAGGCUGGUCAAUUUAUGCAGGGAAUGCAGUACCCAUAUGGACAGUACUAUGGUCAAGGUUUUGGCCCAAUAAGAAGACGCGAUGAGCAACCUAAACAGACUGUAAGAGAUGCCGCCGCACCAUAUGUUGUGCGGGGAGAUUCGAAAUCAACAACUUACAGGUGAUUUGUCAUACCUGCCAUAUUAUAUGAUGUAGAUUGACUUUUGAAAUAGCAUUUAUCCUUGCAGCGAAAUGUGUCCCAACAAAACAUGUUUCUUUUUAUGACUUUUGAUUUGCAUUGAAAAUAUGUAAAAGUUCAUUGAAUAUUAUGUGUAUAUUUGUUACUCUCUGUAAGACUGUUAAAUGGCAUUAUUAUAAGCAAGCUACAUCAUAUAAUAAGUAAGGAAAAAGCUCCAUAUCUGAGAAGAGUUAAAAGUUGAAGAAACUAAGAUAUUUUAAUUUUAAUGUAUGAAAUUUUUCAUUGGUGUAGACUGUAAAGCAAUGUAGUUUCUCAACAUUUCUGGCUCAUAGAUAUGAAUAAAAAUUAAUGUAUCUCUGAUA